GCAAGUCCACUCUCUCUCACGAACAACAAAAGGAGCAGCAGAUAGCGAGAAGUCAAAAAGGCUAAUAAUGGAUGCUAAGAUCGGAAAAUUCUUUGACUCCGUCGGUUCUUUCUUCAGCGGCGGCGAUAAGAUCCCUUGGUCCGAGGGAGAUGUCAUCGCUGGAUGUGAAAGAGAGGUUCGAGAGGCCACAAACUCUGGAUCUGAAGAACUGAAGAAAGAGUGUCUUAUGCGACUCUCGUGGGCUCUUGUUCAUUCCCAUCAACAGGAUGAUGUUCAACGUGGAAUAGACAUGCUUGAAGCAUCUCUUGCGAACAGUGCUCCUCCUUUGGAUGACAGAGAGAAGCUCUAUCUUCUUGCUGUUGGUUACUACAGGAGUGGGGAUUGCUCCAAGAGCAGGCAGCUUGUCGACCGCUGCAUCCAGAUGCAACCCGAUUGGAGGCAAGCUUUGGUACUAAAGAAGUGCAUCGAAGACAAAAUCACUAAGGAUGGAGUUAUUGGGAUAGGCAUCACUGCUUCAGCAGUAGGAGCCGUAGGUCUCAUAGCCGGUGGUAUUGUAGCGGCGCUGGCUCGCAAGAAAUGAACACGAUGAUCCUUUUAACUUGUUAAGCUUGUUUGUGCAUACAAUAGCAGCAAGAUGCUCUCUUUUAGUUUCUCUUUGAGAAAACUUUGUUUCCCUCUGCCUGCUUGACAUUUUGAAUAACCAAGUUUUGUGAUGCAUUAAAAAAAAGGUUUGAGUUGGA